AUGGCCUCAGAGAUCAACAUGCCAGGCCCAGUGUGCCUCAUCGAGAACUCUGCGGAAGCUCUGGAUAUCCUGUCUGCUAUCAAGCAGCCUGUGGUGGUGGUGGUAGAAAUAGUAGGCUUCUACCGCACAAGAAAAUCCUACCUGAUGAACCGGCUAGCUGGAAAGCAGAGUGGGUUCUCCAUGGGCUCCACGGUGCAGCCUCACACUAAGGGGAUCUGGAUGUAGUGUGUGCCUCAUCCUCAGAAACCAGGACACACUCUAGUUCUGCUUGACACUGAGGGCUUAGGAGAUGUAGAGAAGGAAGACAACCAGAAUGACUGCUGGAUCUUUGCCUUGGUAGUCCUCCUCAGCAGCACUUUCAUCUUCAACAGCAUGGGAACCAUCAACCAGCAGGCCAUGGACCAACUGCACUAUGUGACAGAGCUGACUGAUCUAAUCAAAUCAAAGUCUUCACCUGAGCAGAGUGGCAUAGAUGACCCAACCUACUUUGUGGGCUUCUUUCCAACCUUUGUGUGGACCCUGAGGGAUUUCUCCCUGAAGCUGGAAGCUAAUGGAAAACCUGUCACUCCUGAUGAAUACCUGGAGAAUACACUGGCUCUGAGAAAAGGAACUGAUGAGAAAACUAAAAGAUUUAAUGAGCCUCAGCUAUGCAUCAGGAAGUUCUUCCCACAGAGGAAGUGCUUCGUCUUCGACAGGCCUGCUCAGGUGAAUCAACUUUCUGAACUAGAAACAGUUCUGAAGGAUGAGCUGAGUACAGACUUUGUAAAACAAGUUGUAAAAUUCACCUCAUAUAUCUUCAACUGUUCUGGUGUCAAGACCCUGUCUGGUGGCAUCUUAGUCAACGGGCCACGUAAGUCAUCCCCUCUACUUCCUACCUGGGCUUCUGUUCUGCUCAUUGACAAGCUGGACGCCAGGCUGGAUGCCUUUAUUAAGAAGCUCAUGGACCUGUCAUCAGCUCAUUGCUCAGAUUUGCUGGAGGGGAUCUUUGGUCCUCUGGAAGAAGAAGUGAAGCAGGGGACAUUUUCUAAACCAGGAGGUUACUACCUCUUUCUUCAAAAGAAACAAGAGCUGGAGAAAAAGUAUAUCCAGGCUCUUGGGAAAAGGCUCCAGGCUGAAGAGAUGCUGAAAAAGUACUUUGAGUCCAAGGAGGAUGUGGCUGAAACACUUCUAAAAACAGAUCAGUCACUCACAGAAAAGGAAAAGGAGAUAGAAGCGGAACCUAUAAAGGCUGAAGCUGCAGAGGCUGCAAACAGAGAAUUGAAGGAAAUGCAAAAGAAGCUUGAGCUGAUGAUGGAAGAGAAGGAAAGGAGUUACCAGGAGCAUGUGAAACAGCUGACUGAGAAGAUGGAGAAGGAACAGGAGGUGAUGAGGGCAAGAACAAGAAUCAUAUCCCUUAGACUUAAGGAGCAGGAACGGCUUUUCAAGGAAGGAUUUGAGAAUGAGAGCAGGAAACUUCGUGAAGAGAUCGAGGAAAUCAAGAAACCUAUACUACCAUGCACCAUACUCUAA